UACCACAUCAUCAUACCACAUCCUGCCUCCAUCCUCCAACUUGCACCUUACGGCUCUGUUGGCAUGGUAAUCAAACGGACCGUUUCCUCAUGUCAACUUCGAAUGGGUGGCUUCUGGUUCGAGGUAUCCCAUAGGGCAGGCUGCUAUGACGAGUGUUUCUGCAGAAGAGGAAAUCAAGAGUAAAGGGGAAGAGGCAGUGAGAUGAGAAAGCUGGACAAUUAGACAUGAUGAGAUUGACUCUGAUUUCCCUCACCAUGUGCCUUCCUCACCUCCUCGCCACUCUUGUCUUCCAUUCUACCACUGCGGCUUCACCAAGCGCCACAGAAACAACAACAACAGCUCUAGACCUUAGUAUCAGCACUACAACAUCAGACCCCCUGAUACUUCCACUCUCCACAACUGAAAACCACCCUGGUAGGACUAGUGGCAUGUUCAACACACAAGGGAAGAAAAGCGCUAGCUUAGCAGCUGUCAACAAAUCAGGCAGAACGACUCAAGGAAGAGGCAUUCUCAGAACAGGAACUGCCACUUACGCCACCACAGCCGUACAGAAGAACAACAGGCACAUAACUGCAGGAGACUUGAGGAGGGAAACAGAGAGCCACAAUCACCAUGAGACUCUUCCCUUCGGCAGACACAAAGUCUCACCCACAACUGACCACCCCAGCACCACCUCUCUCCCCGGGGAGGAAGGGACUGAGUAUCAUGACAGCAGCACCACUGAAACAGCCAGAGAACGGAGCACACCAAAUUCCAUAGAGACAUGGGCUGCUGACACCAUUAAUGACUCCAGGCUAGCAAAGCCACACUUAGACAGGUCACAAGCAGCAGACCAGCACACUGCUACACAAGGACUAGAGAUUGCAACAGGAGAUUACUACACAACACAGAGAGACUUCUUCACAAUCACCCCAACUAGUAGAGUGACAGGUUUGAACAGGGGUAAACAAAGUAAGGCCAACAGCUUCACAACAACAACAACAACAACAACGUUUUCACCUACGUACACAGUCACACAUCCUGGUUUGUAUGAGCACAUGACUGUGACUUACAGGGCUACCGGCUACAAAACACAACCUGACGACACAAGCCAGUCUAUGGCCAACCAGGACCACACCACAGCCACAGUUUCAAUCCCCCAUGCUGACAAUAGGACAACUCCAGAUAUCAAUGCAAACACGUUUACAGAUAAUGACACAGACAACUACACAGACACACUUUCAUACAGUAAUCCCACAACCUCUAAUAAUGGUAACACCACAGUACUUUUGAAGAAGAAAACGCAUUCAUUCGGACACAACCACACAAUCUCAGGCUAUGACAACAGGCUGAACAACACAACUGAAAACACUGUGCAUCAUCGUCCUGAGUGCGGAGAGGCAGACGAAAGGUCCCCAUCGUUGCUUCCUGGCUCUACUAGACUGGUUUGUUUCAUUGUUCUGUGUGCUCUGGGAUUGACUGCUUCUGUCUUCCUUGGUCUCACUGUCUUCCUGUGGGUGCGUUUGUCAGUCCAGAGAGAGAGGGAAAAGAGAGUGAGGAGAGGAGGAGAGGAGGUGUCAGGGGUGGAUCUGGAGAACCUGUGGGUUGACCAGAUGUCAUCGGUGGAGGAGAGGGUCGAAUUCUGGUACGCCAACGGCUCCACCAUGGGACCCGGCCAUAAACGGAGGGAGAGAGGGAGAGAGAGGGGGAAGGAGAGGAGGAGGAGGGAGCAGGGGAGGCAGAAAGGGGUAGAGUGUGACAACCUGUGGACUCAACCCAAAGUGACACUGGAGGACAUCACUGAUUUCUGGUAUGCAAAUGGAAGAGCGAUACCAGAAGAAACUACAGACCAAACGUUGUUGGAGACCUGCGUAUGAUUCUGUUUUUUUUGUACUACAGUCCUACAAUUUCCCUGGAAUUACUUUGGAGAGAAAUGUUCAUCGUUAUUUUACCAAUUCCAUGGCAGAUUUGAACACUUGUAAUCCUGACCGUGUUUAAACAUUUCCUAAAUGAA